AUGAACGCCGCCGUCCGUGCCGUCACCCGGAUGGGGAUAUACGUGGGAGCCAAGGUCUUCCUCAUCUAUGAGGUUUAUGAGGGGCUGGUGGAGGGGGGAGACAACAUCAAGCAAGCCAACUGGCUCAGCGUCUCCAACAUCAUCCAGCUGGGUGGGACGGUGAUCGGCAGCGCCCGCUGCAAAGCCUUCACCACCCGUGCGGGCCGGCUGCGGGCCGCCCGUAACCUGGUGGAGCACGGCAUCACCAAUCUCUGCGUCAUCGGUGGGGACGGCAGCCUGACGGGCGCCGACAUCUUCCGUUCCGAGUGGGGCGGGCUGCUGGAGGAGCUGGUCCAGGACGGGCAGAUCAGCGAGGAGGUGGCACAGGAGAACUGCCGCCUGAACAUCGUGGGGCUGGUGGGCUCCAUCGACAACGACUUCUGCGGCACCGACAUGACCAUCGGCACCGACUCAGCACUGCACCGCAUCAUGGAGGUGAUUGACGCCAUCACCACCACGGCACAGAGCCACCAGCGGACGUUCGUGCUGGAGGUGAUGGGCCGCCACUGCGGCCACCCCCCCAGGCUACGGCCAGUGGGGGCAAAGGAUGCUUGGGCUCGGCCACCAGCGAAUUUUGGCUAAGCCACAGUGGCUGUUUUCCUCCCCUUGCACCAGACGCGCAGCAGAGGGUCGCGGCUCAACAUCAUCAUCAUCGCCGAGGGCGCCAUCGACCGCAGCGGCAAACCCAUCUCCUCCAACUACGUGAAGGAUCUGGUGGUGCAACGCUUGGGCUUUGACACGCGUGUCACCGUCCUCGGCCAUGUGCAGCGCGGAGGGACCCCGUCAGCCUUUGACCGCGUGCUGAGCAGCAAGAUGGGGAUGGAGGCGGUGAUGGCGCUGCUGGAGGCCACGCCGGACACCCCCGCCUGUGUGGUGAGCCUCUCGGGGAACUCCCUGCCACUCAUGGAGUGCGUCCAGGUGACAAAGGAUGUGCAGAAGGCCAUGGAUGAGAAGAGGUUUGAGGAGGCCAUCCAGCUCCGUGGGAGGAGCUUUGAGAACAACUGGAACAUCUACAAGCUGCUGGCACACCAGAAGCCGGCACAGGAGAAGCCCCCCUCCAGCUUGCCCAUCCUGAAUGUGGGUGCCCCUGCCGCCGGCAUGAACGCCGCCGUCAGGUCGGCCGUGCGGAUCAGCAUCUGCCAGGGACACACUGUCUAUGUGGUGAGCGACGGCUUCGAGGGCUUGUCCAAGGGGCAGAUCCGCGAAGUGGGCUGGCAUGAUGUGGCAGGCUGGCUGGGACGCGGCGGGUCCAUGCUGGGCACCAAGCGGACGCUGCCCAAGACCUGCAUGGAAAAGAUCGUGGAGAACGUGCGGAAAUUCAACAUCCAGGGGCUGCUGGUCAUCGGGGGGUUUGAGGCAUACGAGGGGGUGCUGCAGCUGGUGGAGGCCCGCGGGCAGUAUGAGGAGCUCUGCAUCAUCAUGUGUGUCAUCCCCGCCACCAUCAGCAACAACGUGCCCGGGACUGACUUCAGCCUGGGCUCGGACACGGCUGUCAACGCGGCCAUGGAGAGUUGUGACCGCAUCAAGCAGUCAGCCUCAGGCACCAAGCGCCGCGUCUUCAUCGUGGAGACGAUGGGGGGCUACUGCGGGUACCUGUCGACUGUCACCGGCAUCGCGGUGGGCGCUGACGCCGCCUACGUCUAUGAAGAUCCCUUCACUAUCCAUGACCUGAAGGCCAACGUGGAGCACUUGACUGACAAAAUGAAGACAGAUAUCCAGAGAGGGCUGGUGCUGCGCAAUGAGAAGUGCCACGAGCACUACACCACUGAAUUCCUCUACAACCUCUACUCCUCCGAGGGCAAAGGCAUCUUUGACUGCAGGAUUAAUGUCCUGGGCCACCUCCAGCAGGGGGGAGCCCCAACCCCCUUUGAUCGCAAUUACGGGACCAAGCUGGGAGUGAAGGCGGUGCUGUGGAUGUCGGAGAAGCUGCAGGAGGUCUACCACCAGGGGCGCGUGUUUGCCAACUCGGGUGACUCUGCUUGCGUGAUCGGGCUCAGGAAGAAGGUGGUGGCCUUCAGCCCUGUGACGGAGCUCAAGAAAGUCACUGAUUUUGAGCACAGGCUGCCGCAGGAGCAGUGGUGGCUGAACCUGCGGCUGAUGCUGAAGAUGCUCGCCAACUACCAGAUCAGCCUGACUGAGUAUAUCUCGGGGAAGAUGGAGCACGUCACCCGCCGCACGCUCAGCAUCGAGAAGGGCUUCUAGUCCCGCCAGCCCAAGACGUAGCCCCCCUCUGCGUCCUCUCCAUCCCUACGUGCUGCUCAGGGAGCACCGGGUCCCCCCUGUUCUCAGUAGCCUUGUAGCUUUGCCACCAACUCCUUAAAGCAGGCAGAGCCUGGUCCCGGCUCUCAAAACAGCACAAUCCUGUCCCAAGUCGCUGGUCCAGGGUAUGGUCCCUGUGCAGAUGCAGAAAAGAGGUGUUGCUAGAGCCCACCUGCACAGCCCAGACCCUUAAUCUUCCCUUAAUAGUUUAUUCCUAUUAUUUAAUGAUGGAGUAUCUUGAUUCCUUAUUUAGCGGCUUGACCACCUGAGCCAACUGCUGCUUUUAGUUGCCUGCCUUGCGUGCGGGAGGGGAGCUGAGGAGGAUGUGGUGCCAUCCCAGAGUGGGUAGGGGCUGGUCCCAGGGGCUUUUGGCUGCCCUGUGAGCCCCGGUAAAGCUCCAUCCUCCCAUGGCAUUUGCCCAGUGGGGUGUCUUGAGGGCUCAGUGCAGAGCACCAGUACUGGCAAGCCCCUCUUCCCUGGCCACCUUGCAUGACGCUUGGCUGCAACUGUCACCACG